AUGCUAUGGCCUCCAGCGCCCGCGCAGUGCGCGCGUGGCUACAUCAGAACUUCUCAGAAGUUCAGAAUACGACUACCCUAUGCAAUUCGGGCUGCAGCCAUCCUGCGACGACAUUACGCCAGUGAAAUUAAUCAAUCCUCUACUCUUAAUUCUCCCGAAAACCGAAAAGUGACACUCGCGCGGGACGCGAAUGCAAGAUAUAAUGAUAUUGGUGUACAACAAUUAAGCGAUUAUAUUCAUCCUCAGAUCUUCCCUGCUGGUGCUACUUUGCCACGACCGGAUCUGGUGGAGUUAGCCAAAGACCAUCUACGAAGACAUGAGCUGCUGGGCAAGAACCAGGACAAUUCCUCUCCAAUUGGUCUCGAUGUGCCUUCCAUACACGGCUCAAGUCUCGACGAGCAUUUCACAAGGCUAGGCAUGGAUGCCUCAGAGCCCUAUCUCUCCCAAGCAAAGGCUUUUGUUGGAGCAAAUACACCUGCGAGACCUCGUAAAUGGAUUAUAAGAAGCGGUUGGACAAAAUAUAAUGCUGAUAUGACGACCGAAGAGGUAGAUGCGCCGGAUGAGACCAUGCUUUCGUUUGAUGUUGAAACGAUGUGGAAGGAAACACCUUUCGCGGUCAUGGCGACGGCUGCCAGUCCCAAUGCAUGGUACGCGUGGAUUUCACCAUGGCUACUGGGAGAAACAGAAAAUGCCAGACAGCUUGUCCCUCUUGGUGACCCUGCCAAACCCCGAAUCAUUGUUGGUCACAACAUCGGCUAUGAUCGAGCCAGGGUGAAGGAAGAGUACGACCUCAAGCAAUCCCAAAACUUCUUCAUCGAUACUAUGUCUCUUCAUGUGGCAGUGAACGGGAUGUGUUCUGGACAACGACCGACUUGGAUGAAGCACAAAAAGAACCGAGAUCUACGAGACAAGAUGGCUGGUGAUAACACCUCCAUUGAGCUCCAAACCAUGCUAGAAAACAAGAUGCUCAGUGAGGAGGAGGAAGAACUCUGGGUCGGAAGAAGUUCACUGAAUUCGCUACGCGACGUCGCUAAGUUUCACUGUGGCGUCACAAUUGACAAAACCCAGCGGGACUAUUUCGGUGAGCUCGAUCGGGACGGUAUAUGCGAGAGAAUUGAAGAGCUGCUUGAUUAUUGUGCCGCCGACGUUGCUAUUACACAUCGGGUAUUCCAAAAAGUAUUUCCGAACUUUCUCGAAACCUGUCCUCAUCCUGUCAGCUUUGGAGCGCUCCGGCAUCUGGCAUCUGUUAUCUUGCCAGUCAACAAUUCCUGGGACAAAUAUCUGGAGAAUGCUGAAAACACUUACCAGCAACGACUGAUAGCUGUUGAGCAGAGACUCGUCCAAUUAUCCGAAAAAGCUCUGGAAGUCAAAGCACAACCCGAUGUAUACGAAAACGACCCUUGGCUAAGUCAAUUGGACUGGAGUGGACAGGAGAUCAGAUAUAAGAAGGCUAAAAAGAAGGAUGAAAAGCCGGUGCCAAGAGCCCGACAGAAAAAACCAGGUGCUCCAAACUGGUACAAGGAUUUGUUCGCCACAAACGAUGCCCCGAUGAGUUUGACCGUGCGGACGAGAAUAGCCCCGAUUCUACUCAAGCUGACUUGGGAUGGACACCCGCUGAUCUGGUCUACGAAGAACGGAUGGACCUUCCGCGUACCUUAUAAUGAAGCUGGCAAAUAUGAAAAUAGCAACGCUGUCAGAUGUGACAUGUUUGAGGAAACGAAUUUGGCAUUGGCAUCGGACAAUCAACAUGUCUAUUUCAAGUUGCCGCACAAGGAUGGGCCAACGGCUCGUUGCACUUCACCGUUAGCCAAAGGUUAUCUGCAAUACUUUGAAGCAGGGAUUUUGUCUUCGGAAUUCACUCUGGCAAGAGAGGCUUUGGAGAUGAAUGCGUCAUGCUCGUAUUGGAUCUCUGCUCGGGAUCGCAUCAAGUCACAAAUGGUAGUAAGGGAACACGAUCGAGAUCCUGGUCUGCUGGGGAAGACGGAUCAAGGCUUCAUCUUACCCCAGGUCAUUCCUAUGGGUACUAUCACAAGACGUGCUGUAGAAAACACCUGGCUCACAGCCUCAAACGCCAAAGCAAACAGAGUUGGCUCCGAAUUGAAAGCUAUGGUGAAAGCUCCCGUGGGUUAUUCUUUUGUGGGAGCGGACGUUGACAGUGAAGAACUUUGGAUCGCCUCUCUAGUCGGAGACGCGCAAUUUGAACUUCACGGUGGUAACGCCAUUGGAUUCAUGACCUUGGAAGGAACGAAGGCUGCUGGCACCGAUCUGCACUCGAAGACUGCGAAAAUUCUUGGUAUCUCUCGAAAUGAUGCCAAGGUCUUCAAUUAUGGGCGGAUCUAUGGUGCGGGCUUGAAAUUCGCCGCAACUCUCCUACGGCAAUUCAACCCUACUCUUACGGAGAAGGAGACAACUGACACUGCGUCAAAUCUAUACAAAGAGACCAAAGGCACACGUACCAGACGGAAGGCAUUAGGUAGCGGUUCGUUCUGGAGGGGUGGCACCGAGUCGUUUGUGUUCAACAAGCUUGAAGAGUUUGCAGAGCAAGAACGACCGCGGACACCCGUUCUUGGAGCAGGCAUAACCGAAGCCUUGAUGCGACGAUUUAUCAAUCAAGGCUCCUUUAUGACAUCUCGUAUCAACUGGGCCAUUCAAUCAUCGGGUGUUGAUUAUUUGCAUUUGCUGAUAAUCAGCAUGGACUAUCUUAUCAGGCGAUUCAACCUUGAUGCGCGUUUGGCAAUUACAGUCCACGACGAAAUCAGAUAUCUUGUCAAAAAUGAGGAUCGGUACAAAGCAGCCUUUGCCCUUCAAAUCAGUAACUUGUGGACACGAGCCAUGUUCAGCCAACAAAUGGGUAUCGACGACCUUCCGCAAUCUUGCGCUUUCUUCUCCGCUGUGGAUAUCGAUCAUGUUCUCCGCAAGGAGGUUGACAUGGAUUGUAUCACACCAAGUCAUCCAGACAAAAUCCCACAUGGUGAGAGUUUAGACAUCAACCAACUGCUUGCCAAAGGUGAAGAAGCAUUCCUUGACCCGGGAAUAAUUCCGAAGAAUGGCCCGAUCGAUUUGGACAAAUUCACCUACAUCCCACGGCCGACCGUCAUGUCAACGCUGACUGACUCCAAUGAUGUGACCUAUAUUCGCGCUCAGAUCACCGAUUCUGAUAAAGAACUGAGAGAAAUAAUCAAGAAUGUCGAGAAAGACUCCGCCAAACCCUCAACUCCUGGCACAUCGCCAAGCGGAAGCAACUCCUCAUCUACAAAUAAAACUGUAAUCACAACCACCCCAGUGCGUAGGGGUCGCCGGCCCAAGCCUCAAGUUCCAAUCCCACCACAUGCUCAGCCGCAGCGUGCGAUGCUCAUGGAAAUCGAGGAUCGCUGGAACGUUGGGUACAAGCGUGCCUUCGCGAACAAUAACAGUGGACAGCACGGAACCAGCAAGCCAUGGUUAACAACCGGCCAGAGUUGGGAUAGCCGGUGGGCUGGCGACGGAUGGGAGGUUUGA